CGGUUCAAAACAAACAUGGCGUCCGCAUGUAGAACUCGUUUACUCCGUGUAUUGAAUCGCGCUCUUCAACCUGGGAGGUAUUCCACGGGGAGUUUAUUAUCGCAGGAAUGUAGUGUAAGGCUUUUAUCGUCGCUUCAUGUGGAACAUGCUGGCAUGGGUAUUUUAGGGAGAUCAAAUGGGAUGCUCAAAUUGAGGCCCGCACAUCAAUUAAAAAUCAACAAAAUACAAGCACGUGGAAUGUUUAUACAAGUACAGGAAACCCCAAACCCCAACAGUUUGAAGUUUGUUCCAGGGGUCUUGGUGCUUGAAUCAGGAACAGUCAACUUUGACAGCAGUAGCUCCGCCCAUCGCUCACCGUUAGCAAGGAAUCUAUUCCGAAUAAAUGGGGUCAAAGGUGUCAUGUUUGGUCCAGAGUUUAUAACUGUUACAAAGAGUGACGAAGAGGUUCAGUGGUCUGUUUUGAAACCUGAAAUAUUCGCCACCAUUAUGGACUUUUUUUCUAGUAAUCUGCCAAUUAUGACAGAGGAGGAACCGCCACAGGACACAGCUCCUGAUGCAGAUGAUGAUGAUACAGUGCUGAUGAUUAAAGAAUUGCUGGAUACUAGAAUAAGGCCCACUGUACAAGAAGACGGUGGUGAUAUUAUCUUCAAGGGUUUUAAAGAUGGCAUAGUUAAACUAAAGAUGCAGGGCGCAUGUGCCUCAUGUCCAAGCUCUAUAGUGACCCUCAAGAAUGGAAUAGAAAACAUGAUGCAGUUCUACAUUCCAGAGGUGGUAUCUGUCGAGCAGGUGGAAGAUAAGGUCGAUCAUAUCAAUAAGGAAGAAUUUGAGAAGUUAGAAGAAAAGCUGGGAGAGAAAGACAACGGAGUUUGAAUCCUAUGCCGUUCGCAACCAGAAGCCACAGGAAGCUCACCUCUACGGUUUGAAUAAAGCUAGAGAUUCAAAAGCAUAAGCGCACUAAAAAUAAUCAACCACGCAAAGCUAAAAAAAAACUCUAACUUUAUUCAGAGGUGAGCUCCCUGUGUAGAAGCCAGCUUUACCAUAGCAGCUUGCUAAUCUCUCUGAGAUUUACAGACAUUGUGGUAACCAUGAACACUAUGGCUGUUGCUAGUGAAAGGGCAAUGAGGGGGGGGGGCGAUGGGGGCAGUUCAGUACCCCCCAGUACCCCCCAGGGGGGGUACACAGGAUACUGUGUAUCCCCCUGACAGGCGUGUACACAGGAUUGGCCGGGGAGAGGGGGGGACAGGCCAGUAGCCAGGGGGGGUUCGGACGAACCCUCCACCACGCUUGAAGGUCCGCUCAGAGCAAGCAAAAAUAUAUAACGUUUGGUUGAAGAUAUACCGUGCACAUCAAUAUGUCUUUAAAAUAACUAUAAAAAUCUUUUUUAUAAUAAUUAUCUUUAUUAUUAUCGCUAUGUGUUAGAAAGUACCCUAUAAAUAACAUUUUAAAUACGAGUUUGAUUGCUUAAUGUUAUAAGGUGAGGAGAGGGGUAUACCGGAAAUUUGGUCCUCUGAAAUGGAAAAACGAACUACCCCGCUCAAAAUCCUGGCUACGGGCCUGGGGGGGGGGGGGGGGGGGGGUGCACAGUCAUAUAAAGCAUAGUAUUUGAAAAUUCCAUAAUACAGUGCGGAACAUUACCUUAAUAAGAAAUGACCUACUACGCGUAACCCGCGCACCCCCCCUGUGUAAGCGCCUGCCCUGAGGUAAAUGUGAAGUCUCACAUGCUUUCGCACCCUGACACAUGGCUUAGAUGUUGCCAUGAGCAGCAUUGACUUCAUGGUUGAAAAUGACUGAAACUAUAAAAAUGACUUGAUAUUUGGUAGUUUCAACAUGUUCAGAUGUUGCUGUUGUUCGGUCACGCAACAAAAAUGGGAAAUAUUGGAAGAUAAAUGAAGGUGAGAUAUGAAUAAAUAGUUUGCAAGGGCUACAGUAAUUACUAUCGACAAGGUAACUUACACGAAAUGGACAAGACCGACAUGAUAGUGCUGGGGGAGCUAGCUAGUGACUGCGGAAUUGCGGAAAAGUGCGACAUUGUGAGACAUCGCUGAAAAAGCUUAAUGGACUGUUAUCCUAUGAAUAAAAAAAGUGUUUCGAUGCA